GUGAUAUCAGUCUGUUCUGGCAAACCUGAAGCACAACAUCUACAGAAAUGGAGAGAAUCACACUGAUGUCUGUUCUGCUCACAGUCGUGGUCAGUUCGUCUCCGCGUCAGUAUCACUUUGUGAAUCAGAAGAAGAACUGGACUGAAGCUCAGAGAUACUGCAGAGAGAAAUACACAGAUCUGGUCUCUAUCAAUGACAUGAAUGAACAGAAUGAUAUAAAUCAGCUCCUACAGAGAGAGAACAGUGCUGACCGUGUCUGGAUUGGGCUGCAGGACGCAUGGGUUUGGUCUCUGAAUAACUCUGACUUCUACAGAGGAAAUGAGUCUCAGUUUAGGAAGUGGGGACCAGAUCAACCAAAUGGAGAUGGAAACUGUAUUUAUAUGAACAGUGAUGGACAAUGGCAUGAUGUAGACUGUAGAACAACAAGAUAUUUCAUCUGCUAUAAUGGCAGCAGUAAAGGAUUCGUCCCUGUACAGGAGCAAAAGAACUGGUUUGAUGCUCAGAAACACUGCAGACAGAAACACACAGAUCUGGCCAGUGUGAGGAAUGAGACGGAGAAUAAUCAGAUAAAGAACAUCAUAAACCAGAACCUAACUUCAGAUAAACAAGCCUGGAUCGGUCUGCAAAGAUUCUGGAAUUGGUCAGACAACAGCAACUUCAUAUCCCCUCUCUGGAGCACUGGUCAACCCAAUAUCAGAGAUGGCAAAAACAGCAUCUGUGUAUCAACUGGUGUCAGUGAAGGAGGAUGGACAGACGAGCGUUGUUCAGUUCAGCAUCUCUUUGUGUGUUAUGAUGAUAAACUGGUUCUGAUCCGAGAGAAUAAGACGUGGACUGAAGCUCUGAGAUACUGCAGAAAUAUGAGCAUGGACCUGGUGUCGGUGGAUUCGGAGCAGAUGCAGAAGCGGGUGAUGAAUGUGAUCUCGAGCGCUCUCUCUGAUCACGUGUGGCUGGGUCUGCGUCACGCCUGUAAACUGAGAUUAUGGUUCUGGGUCAACGGUUACACCAUGUGCUACAAUCAGUGGGCUCCUGAUUAUGACAAUGGACUGGACAAUUGCAAUAAGACAGCCAGAUCUGGAGUCAUUAGGACAUGCGAUAAUCGCUGGAUCAGCCGCCCUGAAACUGAUAGAUACAACUUCAUCUGCAUCAACUGAGUGCUGGAGAGUCACUGAUUACAUCUGAUCCAGAUUACAAAUAUUCAUUACAUGUAAUUAGAUUACACUACAUUUUAAAAAGCCAAUAAUCAGGUUACUUUCUUAUGGAUUACAUGUUCACACAAUGCCAGUAAAUUAUUCAUGUAAUCAAAAAAGUACUCAGAAUCAUUAAUAAAAUGUGUAAAAACUGUUUUCUUUAUGUAAUUAGUAAUCAGCAACAGACUAAAUAUGUAUACAAUAUAAUAUAAUAUAAUAUAAUAAUCUACCCACUGUGUGUGUUUGUCUGUUUUAACUUUUAUCAUAUUUUCACUUAUUUAAGAUCAAUUAUUUGAUUCAGCUUCAUGACUCAUUACUUACAUUAACUGUUUGUUUUUUUCUUCAGUUUACUAUUAUUAUUUUUAUUGUAUGUUAUUUAGUACUUACAUUUACUUUUCUGGAACUGACAUGUUAUGCAAACUUCAUCUACAAUGACUGCAAAUAUAAUGAUAUAUAACUAUAAA